UAUCUGGUUAAGAAUAUGUCAUUCUAUACAAACAGCGAGCCUGAAGCUUGGUAUCUGUCCUCUUAUUGCAUGCAUAUGAUUCGCCAAGCACGCAGUUCACGGCUAAGUAAUCAUCAUGUAUCCUAUCAUUCCACGACGUCCACAGCCACUCGAACAUCGAGCUUCAAGCAGCAACACAAUUGCAUACGUACCCGUACAUCUCCUCAUCGUCUUUUACCGCCGACUCUGAUUCUGGUCCCUCCCAAAUGUCAUAGCCUCAGCCACGGCUUUGUCCGUCCGCCGCCCGUUAUCCAUCUAUCCCUAUUCCCCGUGUCCCGCUGUCCAUUGAUGUCUAUGCCUCGUCCACCUCCGCUUCCUCCGCCGCCGUCGCCGAAAUGUCCAGCUCUCCUCAGCCCUCCAUCGACAGCUUCGAAUUCAACUCCCCCAAUCCUCCCCAAUUUCCUUUCCCCCACCAGCAUGACUGGACCACCCGUCCCAACUCCACCGGCGGUGGUCGCCAUCCAGCCCGUCGCGGGUCGACAGCAAGCUCUAUACAUUCGGUCGGAGGCGCUUUGGAUACCGCCUUCAAGACCAGCAGCAAUCCCGGCAUGGCACCGCUGACAGAGCAGAACCGCAAUGCCAUCUCCACCCUCUUGCAACCGCCCAUCGUUCGCACCGGCAUGCUGCCCCACACCGCCGCAACCGCCAUGGCCAGCAGUCAUCGCCCACCCUCUACCAAAGACAUCCCACCCGUCACCCUCGCGAACGUCUCCCACGUCGAACCUUCUGCUUUCAAUCCCUACCUUUCCCAGGUCGGGAACCUGUACGAAGCUUUCCAGCGCGCAAAGGCCGAAGCCGAAGAAGUCGCGUCCAUAUUGAGGAAGGAUUCCACCAAGAAAGAUGACCUUUCCGAUAUAUUGGAACGUGGCAUCAAAGCUGCAUCGCCUGCUGCAACCCCACACUCGGCCUCCUCCUCGCCCAAACCGAAGCGACGUGUCAGCGGAUCCAAGCGCACGCUUCCCCUUGUCACUCCUCUUUCAACGAUACCCAACGUUUACUUCGACGAAAGUUUCCACCUCGAAAACCCACGCACCUUUGACAUUGUGAGCGAACGAUCCGAAGUUGUGCGACCAAUUCGAACCAAAAGCGGGGACGGAAUCAACGCAGACAAUGCAUCGGCGGAGCCCAUUCAAGCGCCCGGGCGGAAAGCACUGGCAACAAACGCCAUUUUGCAAGAAAAGCUGUCGUGGUACAUGGAUACAGUCGAGGUGCACCUGAUUUCCUCCAUAUCUACCGCAUCAACAUCCUUUUUUGCUGCUUUGGGUUCUUUGCGCGAACUUCAGUCGGAAGCCUCCGAGUCGGUGACGAGGAUUACAACCGUACGAGAUGAUUUGAAGCGCCUGGAUGAACAAAUGGCUGUAGGAGGUCUUAAAAUCAUCGAGAUGAAGAAACGCCGAGAGAACAUUCGUAAAUUAACGGAUGCUACAGACCAGCUGCGGGCUGUGGUCGUAGGUCUGUCGCAUUGCGAUGAAAUCGUCGACAAAGGCGAACUGGAUACAGGAAUAGCGCGGCUGGAGGCAAUGGAAAAGCUCAUCUUCGGGACCCUAGAUGUAUCUGACCCGGCCUCGACGUCCUGGAUACAGACGCGGUGCCCACCCACUCUUAUCGAUCUUCACAAUCUGAAUGCUUUGGACGGUGUGGCUGAGGGCAUGCAGCAACUCAAGUUUCGCAUUGGUAGAGGAUUCGAGGCUCGCUUUCUCAAUACCCUUCUCACGGACUUGCGUGAUCAUAUCAAAAAUGUAUCAAGCCAUGACACUCUGCAAAGAUGGGUCACAGCUUCACAGCGUGCGCGUGGAGAUCAUCAACGGCUCAAGUCGAUAUUGCCGGCCUAUCUCUCUACCAGCAACGAUUUCCGGGCGAGAUUGCGAGCCAGCUUGACGGGUUUGAGCAGUUCGAGCUUUACCAAUCAAGCAAGUGCAACGUUCCGAGAUGCAGUUGUACGAGAAAUGAAAAUCAUUAUUCGAAAAUACCUCCCCAGCUCUACAGACGAUGAUGCCGAAUCCAUGACGUCUGUUUCAACCAGAAGCGGUCGAGGGUAUAGUCAACAAGACAAGAACUCGAUACUGGCUCGUAACUUGCGAGCAAUGGACCCUGCAGAUGCCGAAGAGUUCUUCACCAACAUUUUCACUGACAUUGGCGAGGCCAUCCGACGGCUGAGCAUGCAAGUAAAAGUGCUCUUGGAUGUUACUAGUGGCGUGAUUAGCUCCCCGCCUCUGUCCGGUGGUGGUUGGCGUUCUCCACCGAGAAGUCCUUUUAUGAUGCCCAGUAUCGACGCAGUCGGUGCUGGUGCCAACAGCCCGUUCCCGAACGGUUUACAAGAAGAAUUGAUGCAAGCUUUGGACAUGUCUAGCCUUCUCGGGCAGGCUGUUGAUGCUGCUCAAACCCAAGUUACCAAACUGCUCAAGGUCCGUUCAGAAGCCACCACUCAGCUCCCGCUCGACCGAUUUCUUCGUUACUUCCGUCUGUGUCGCAUGUUUGCGGAUGAAUGCGAAGCAGUCUCUGGACGCUCUGGUGCUGCUUUGAAGGGCGUUGUCAACACACACAUUACAGACUUCGUCUCCAGGUUUGGCGAUAUCGAAAAACAAGAGCUUACCACGGCCAUGGACUCGGAUCGAUGGGAGCCGAAGCACUUUGACGGGCAUGAUGCAGAAGUGCUUGCCAGGAUACUGGCAGGCAUGACAUCUGAUCCAACCGAGUGGGUGCAGACGGGAUCUGUCCUAGGCGAGUCGAAGGACGAUUCCAACUCCAAUGGUACAACGCAAACCAACGGAACUUCGACAGAGACAGAGAGGGCCAAGAACCCUGCGCCAGCCAUGAUUGACGAGGAAAGAUACAUCAUCUCAAACUCAUCAACGGUGGUGCUGCGUGGAAUCGAGCGCUUCGAGAUUCUUUUGACUGUUAUGCCUAGCAUGACAUCGGAAGUUUCGGCGUCACUUUGCGAAUAUAUCAAAAUGUUCAACUCUCGAUUGUGCCAGCUUAUCCUCGGCGCGGGUGCAAUGCACAGCGCUGGAUUGAAAAACAUCAACACUAAACAUCUCGCAAUAGCCUCUCAGACGCUUUCGUUCAUCAUUGCCAUACUUCCCUACAUCCGCGAGUGCGCAAGGCGUCACGCGUCGGGCAACAAGCCGGCGCUCGGGGAGUUCGACAAUGUAAAGCGACUGCUUCAGGACCAACAAGUGUCGAUACAUGAGAAACUCAUUGAUAUUAUGAGCAAUCGUGCCACAAUUCACGUUCGCAAUCUCAGGAAAAUAGAAUGGGAUAGUGAAUCUGAGGUGAACAAGGACGUCAGCCCUAACAUGGAAACGCUCACCAAGGAAACAUUCACGCUUCACAAGGUAAUCAACAAGUACCUGCACGAGACCCAAGUGCGUAUGAUUAUGGAACCCGUCUUUGAAAGUUAUCGCGAGCAGAUUGGCAAAGUAUUCAAAGAGGCGACUGUCAAGACGGGUCCCGGAAAGCAAAGAAUUCUCCGCGACGCAAAGCUCUUUGACGCGAAGCUCGGACACAUUGACGGCGCGGGCAACACUGGCGGUCACCUAAUCCAGCUCGUGGAGGCCAAGGUAGUAACGACGCCCGAGCCAGGGGGGAACAAGAGUGAGGAGAAAGCGGACGAAACAGCAAAGGGCGAGAAGGGACCGGAAUCUGCAUGA